AUCGCACGCGUUUCCAGAGUGGAUCACCUCCACAAGUAGUCUGGAUUAAAGCCGACAACCACCGAGGACGACCAAAAUACAUAAGACUUGCUUCGCAGCGAAGCAUCGAAUCAUUCCAUUAAACUCAGUUCCCCCAACCCUGCAAUACCUACCCCUCCAAGCUUACCAACAUGACGACGCCUAACCUCACCGUUCACCACCUCCAGAUCGGCCAAGGCGAACGUGUUCCUUGGCUUCUCGAGGAGCUCAACAUUCCAUACAAGCUGGUCAACUACAAGCGCUCACCCUUACUAUCACCUGACGAGCUCAAGGCGAAGCACCCUCUCGGCGCUUCUCCCGUUCUGGAAGACCACACCGACCCAUCCAACCCCAUCACUUUGGCCGAGUCAGGCGCCAUCGUCGAGUACAUCAUCCAAAAAUACGCAAAUGGCAAACUUGCACUUGGUCCCUCGCACAAGAACUUUGCAGACUAUCUCUACUGGUUCAACUUCUCAAACUGCACCCUUCAGCCUGCCAUCUUCAGGUGCGCGAUGCUACGCGGCGGCAUCCCGAACUCUGCCACAGAUCUCCGCUUCCUUGGCGCAGAAGACCGCGUAAAGAAGGCUCUGAACCACAUCAAUUCCCGCUUGUUGUCCAACCAGUGGCUUGCUGGUGAGGAAUUCACAGCAGCAGACGUCAUGACCGGCUGGUGCGUGACAACGAUGCGUCAUUUUGAGCCGAUCGAUUUGACCGAGUAUGAGGGAAUCCUGGGCUGGGUGAAGAGAUUCAACGAGCGGGAAGCGUACAGAACGGCAAUGGGAAAGAGCGACCCAGACAUAAACCUUGAGGAGAAUUCAAGCGCGAAGGGGCCAGCGCCGAUCGAGAUGUUUAUCAGGGCUAUGGCAGGCAAAUUUUGAACGUUGGAUUAUCCGACUUUUUUGUCUAGGCUAAUACAAACAACCAAAUCUAUCUUAAU